CUCGUAUUUCUCAAAAUCUUGACAGUCAACUGAUUUCUGAUCAAUCAACCAUGGCCGUAGAUUCAGCUCUCUCUUCCCCACUCGGCCCACCGGCAUGCGAGAGAGACGCCAAAGCUCUCCAGUUCAUUGACGAGAUGACCAGGAACACUGAUGCCGUCCAGGAGAGGGUUUUGUGUGAGAUACUUAGUCGAAAUUCGGAGACGGAGUAUCUUAGACGAUUCCACCUCAACGGAGCCACAGAUCGGGACACGUUCAAAUCCAAGGUUCCUGUUGUUACCUACGAGGAUCUGCAGCCGGAUAUCCAGCGUAUCGCUAAUGGCGAUCGCUCUGCUAUUUUCUCUUCUUACCCGAUUUCCGAGUUCCUCACAAGCUCUGGGACAUCAGCUGGAGAAAGAAAACUGAUGCCGACAAUCCACGAAGAAUUAGACCGUCGGUGUUUACUGUACAGUCUGCUCAUGCCCGUAAUGAACCUGUACGUUCCAGGUUUAGACCAAGGAAAGGGACUGUACUUUCUGUUCGUGAAGGCCGAGACGAGGACGCCAGGGGGCCUCCUUGCACGACCAGUCCUCACAAGUUACUACAAGAGCGAGCACUUCAAGGCAAGACCUUAUGAUCCUUACAAUGUCUACACAAGCCCCAACGAGGCCAUUCUCUGCGCCGACUCCUUCCAGAGCAUGUACACACAGAUGCUCUGUGGCCUCCUCAUGCGCCAGGAGGUCCUCCGAGUCGGCGCCGUCUUCGCCUCCGGUCUACUCAGAGCCAUCCACUUCCUGCAACAAAACUGGAAAGACCUCGCUCACGAUAUCUCCACCGGAACACUAAGCUCUAAGAUCACAGACCCUUCCAUCAAAGAAUGCAUGAGCAAAAUCUUGAAGCCGAAGCCAGAGCUCGCUGAGUUCAUUGCCAAGGAGUGUUCGGAGGAGAACUGGGAAGGGAUUAUCACUAGAGUUUGGCCCAACACCAAGUAUCUUGACGUCAUAGUCACCGGCGCCAUGGCUCAAUACAUUCCCACCCUUGAAUAUUACAGUGGCGAUCUGCCGAUGACCUGCACCAUGUACGCUUCAUCUGAGUGUUACUUUGGGCUUAAUCUUAAACCCAUGUGCAAACCCUCUGAAGUCUCCUAUACCAUCAUGCCAAACAUGGGCUACUUCGAAUUCCUUCCACAUGACCCAUCUUCUCCUUCGCCGCUCUCCCGUGACUCGCCUCCACGCCUUAUCGACCUCGCCGACGUCGAGGUCGGAAAGAUGUACGAGCUCGUCAUCACUACUUACGCAGGACUAUGUCGGUACCAUGUUGGUGACAUCCUCCAAGUAACAAGCUUCCACAACUCGGCUCCGCAGUUCAGAUUCAUCAGGAGAAAGAACGUCUUGCUGAGCAUUGACUCGGACAAAACCGACGAGGCUGAGUUACAAAAAGGAAUCGAAAACGCUUCAUCUCUUCUCGAGAAGUACAACACCACGGUGGUCGAGUACACCAGCUAUGCAGACACCAAGACAAUCCCUGGACAUUACGUGAUAUACUGGGAAUUACUAGCCAAAGACCCGGCUAAUUUUCCAACUCAUGAGGUGCUGAACCAAUGCUGCCUAGCCAUGGAAGAGUCACUAAACUCAGUAUAUCGACAAGGCCGAGUCGCGGACAACUCGAUUGGUCCGCUGGAGAUACGAGUAGUAAAGAGCGGCACGUUUGAGGAUCUAAUGGAUUACGCCAUCUCAAGAGGCGCGUCCAUUAACCAGUACAAAGUCCCAAGGUGCGUAAGCUUCACUCCCAUAAUGGAACUCCUUGACUCGAGAAUGGUGUCAAACCAUUUCAGCCCCGCUCUGCCGUUCUGGACCCCAGAACGACGCCGUUAAUUGCAUUAACACGGCCGGACAUAAAGGAUAAUAAAAAGAAGAAAGAAAAGAAAGAUCCUGAUAUUGGCAGAAACCAACCCAGAAAACAAAAGCAAGUUGGAAAGAAGAAGAAGAAGACGACGACGACAGAGAUGUGUUAAUAUCAACUAGGGUUUGUCGAAUGAGAAUUUUAGCUUUUAAAAGUGUCUGUUCUUUAUUAGUUAGUUGUCCUUUGAAAAACAUUUGCAGCGACUCUGCUCGGUUUGUGUAAUAAGUUGAUAGUAUAAUUAGCUUUAUUGAUGUUUGCUUGUUAACGGUGUCUCGCUCUGUAACUCAGCUUUUCAGAAAGCUGAGUUUAGAGAAGGAAAGGAAAAAGAGGUGUUGAAAAAGAGUGUGCAAUCUCUGAGACGUCUUCCGUGUAAUU